GGAUGUUGCCUUGUGUCCCAACAACCCUGGGCAUGCCGUGGUUGUGGUGAGUAGAGGAGGCAGCGAGUCAUCGAAAGAACCGCCGACAAGGAAAGCCUUCUGAGCCGACUCUGAAGGCCCUGGUGGUGGAUAUGCUGUCCAGCAUCCUGCCCGGUGUCCUGGCGGCGUUGCAGGACGUCGCCUUGUGCCCCAACAACCCUGGGCAUGCCGUGGUUGUGGCGGCUGUAGAGGCCAUUCACCGCAUCCUGUGCCUCACUAUGCAGGACAGACUGCUGCCGAAGAAACCAGACGGUAGCAGCGACGAUUUCUUCAAGAUAUUCACUGAACAGCAAGCGCAAGAUAACUCUGAAGUAAGCUGUAAGGAAAAGCUGAAAGACGAGAAACCGAAGCGGUCCAGUAAGUGGUACGCCAUGGCGGGCGAGAAGCUCACUAUGAUCACCAAGUGUCUGCUGGCGCUGCGCUCGCACGAGCACUACCGCGUGCGCCGCGAGCUGGCCGUCUACUGCGCGCGCGUGCUCAACGAGUGCACCGUGUGAGUGGGCUAGGGACUGGCAGCGGGCGGGACUGACCAUGACCAAGUGUCUGCUGGCGCUGCGCUCGCACGAGCACUACCGCGUGCGCCGCGAGCUGGCCGUCUACUGCGCGCGCGUGCUCAACGAGUGCACCGUGUGAGUGGGCUAGGGACUGGCAGCGGGCGCGGGACUGACCAUGACCAAGUGUCUGCUGGCGCUGCGCUCGCACGAGCACUACCGCGUGCGCCGCGAGCUGGCCGUCUACUGCGCGCGCGUGCUCAACGAGUGCACCGUGUGAGUGGGCUAGGGACUGGCAGCGGGCGGGACUGACCAUGACCAAGUGUCUGCUGGCGCUGCGCUCGCACGAGCACUACCGCGUGCGCCGCGAGCUGGCCGUCUACUGCGCGCGCGUGCUCAACGAGUGCACCGUGUGAGUGGGCUAGGGACUGACCAUGACCAAGUGUCUGCUGGCGCUGCGCUCGCACGAGCACUACCGCGUGCGCCGCGAGCUGGCCGUCUACUGCGCGCGCGUGCUCAACGAGUGCACCGUGUGAGUGGGCUAGGGACUGGCAGCGGGCGCGGGACUGACCAUGACCAAGUGUCUGCUGGCGCUGCGCUCGCACGAGCACUACCGCGUGCGCCGCGAGCUGGCCGUCUACUGCGCGCGCGUGCUCAACGAGUGCACCGUGUGAGUGGGCUAGGGACUGGC